UCAAGAAUACUAAACCAAAGUCCCACAAUGUCGAAAAUCCUUGCUGCCGCCUUCGCCUUCGUCGCUAUCUGCCUGAUCCUUGUCAGCGCCGCCCCCGCCCCGCCCACUCAGCUGCUUGACGCCCAGACCGCCAUCCAGAAGAUAAUCGCUGCCUACAAUCGCAUUCCAGGACCUUCGGUCGUCCACCCAUGGGAAGUCGCAAGAGUGAUUGACCCAAACACCUUCGUGGCCCACUUUUAAACACAUACUUACCCUGCUACCUGACUACCUUAACUAAAAUGCCUAAAUAAAUUCUAACGAUAUAUAAUUUAAACAA